AUGUUCACUUCAUCAAGGAUUAGAAAUUAUUGCUUUGGAUUAAAGUAAAUAGGAAUUAGAAAACAAAUAGUUAUGUUUAAAAUGUUUGGCUGUACUUCGAAACAAAAAGUCAUUUUGAUCUCUGAAUCUUUAGAGUAGAUUGGAGAGAUAACUUCUAAAUUCAAACAAGAAAGACUUAACCAAUAAGAAAGAAAUGUUCAAAUUAUAAAGGAUUUAAAGGAUAAAGUACAAAAUCUAAAGGACUCUUAAGUUUAAUAAUUUGAAAAAAUAACAUGUACAUUGGAAAAAUGGGUAUAAAUGAUUUCAAAUUAAGAAGAGGAAUUUACUGAAAAGAUAGACUCCGUAUCCUUUAUUGAUAUUGAUGAAUUUAUUAAUUUUACUUAAGACUUGGAUGCUUAAAAAUUAUCAUAUAAUGAUGAAUUUAAAUUAGAUUUAAAACAAAAAUUGGAAGCUUUGAUAGAGAACAAUAUAAUUGGAUAUGACCUUUACAUUUUGGUCUUUCAAUAUUCAUAAUAAAACAAAAAUUGGAAUUAAAUCCAAAAGAUAUAAACUAGUGCUGGUGGAUAUCGUUUAUGUUUCAUCAGUGAUAACCAGAUAUCCUGGAAAGUUUAUUCAAAAGAAAAAAGUGAAGAAUAUACUAAGAGGUAAGGUAUCAAAAUUAAGAAAGGAUUUGAUUAAAAUUGCUUUUUCCCUUAAUAAUACAUUAAAUAAAAAUAAUUGCUCAUUAAUAAAAGUGGAUCAUGCAUCAAUAUGAUAAAAGUUCUCGAAAGUGGUUAAUUGAUGGUUGAAUAAUGUAUUGAAUUUGAAACCAAUUAUAUUUUUGGUGCUACAAACAAUAACGGUGAUUAUUUAGUAACGUGGGAUUAUGUCACAAAAGAUUUAUAAUUGAGAAAGUAUUAAGAAUGA